ACACCUGAUGACAUGUGGGCCACUGUGCAAAUACCAGCAGCGGAUACAGUUACACAUGACGCAAAAAUAUGGACUCUGCACUGCAGUGGGGGGGAUUUAUCGGAGGAAUCCGUCUUUAAAAACUUCAAAGCAUACCAAGGGUCAGCUCUCUCUGAGAGCCUCCAGGAAAGCCCACAGAGUGAGAUGUCUUCACUUUCUUCCCUCCUCUCGGACUUGUCGACGCGCACUAGGACGCUCUUGGACCAACCGCGCUGUCACUCAAACCCACCGCCGCUCCGCGAUUGGCCGCUCCGGCCGGAGCCCCCGCCCCUGUUGGCCGGCACCACAGUUGAAAUGACACCGUGGGAAAGCCGAGCGCUUCAAACGGAGGCGCUCCGGGCAAACCUGGGCAGACGCACGUCAGACACAGACACAACACGCAGAGACACUGAAGGACUUUAUUGUCGAGGACUGAAAAAAAAUGAAGAGGAACCACGACUUUAGCUCCUCGGACAGCGAGCUGGACGAGACUAUAGAGGUGGAGAAGGAGAGCGCGGACGAGAAUGGGAACAUGAGCUCUCCUCUCGGGUCCAUGUCGCCCACCACGUCCACUCAGGUGCAGGCGAGGAAGAGGCGUCGAGGAAUCAUCGAGAAAAGGCGCCGGGACAGGAUCAACAACAGCCUGAGCGAGCUGCGCAGGCUGGUCCCCAGCGCCUUUGAGAAACAGGGCUCAGCCAAACUGGAGAAGGCAGAGAUUUUGCAGAUGACUGUUGACCAUCUGAAGAUGCUUCAUGCUGCUGGAGGCAAAGGUUAUUUUGACGCCCAUGCCCUGGCGAUGGACUACCGCGGUCUGGGUUUCAGGGAGUGUCUGGCUGAGACGGCCCGUUACCUGAGCAUCAUCGAGGGCCUGGACAGCACGGACCCCCUGCGCCUCCGCCUGGUCUCCCACCUCAACAACUACGCCAGCCAGAGAGAGGCUCACUCCGGCCUCAGCCACCUGGCCUGGGGCUCUGCGUUCGGGUCCCCUCCUGCCCACCUCGCCCACCCCCUCCUCCUGCAGCACCAGCAGCACCAGCACCAGCACCAGCCUUUGGCACCUUUACCCCGCAGCGCCACCAGCAGCCCACAAACUCCCCUGUCGUCCGCAUCCACUUCGACCACCCCGUCCUCCUCCUCCUCUUCAUCAUCCUCAUCCGAGCCCCACGUCCCGGGCAGGCGGAGCGGCAGUGCCACCCCUCACUCGGAUCAGGGCCCGAUCCGGGUUCCUCCUUCCACCGCUGCUCCCACCACCGUCCACCCCGCCUUGGUCUCCUCAUCGGCGUCCAAGCUCUCACCUCCCCUCCUCUCCUCCCUCUCGGCGUUCCCCUUCCCCUUCAGCGCCUUCCCCCUCAUCUCCCCCGCCACCGCCAUCAGCCCGCCAGCUCCGACGUCCAGCGUGGGCAAACCCUACAGACCCUGGGGAAUGGAGAUAGGAGCGUUCUGACUGAAGUGACUCGCUCUGAGCCGGACUCUCGAGGACAAGACUCUUUAAGAAAGUGCUAUUUUUUUUCUAUGAUGUUGACAGAGGAUCCACCUAUAGCUGUAGGAUUUUUAUUAUUUUCUUGCUAAUGUGUUUUGUAUAGAAGGAAAAAAAAAAAGCAGUGAGGAGGGAGAGACCGUGACUAAAAAGCAACACGAGUGAUUUAUAGUGAUUGAUCUCUUGUUCCUGCCCACCCCUUUAGAAGUCUCACCCACUGUUCUCGGCCUAUCAGGAAUGGCUUUUCCAGAUGGUCAAGCAGUCGCCGCCCGUCAAAGUUCCUGGGCGAAACUGUCCCCCUCCUCCCUCCUUUUGUUUUUCACCCGGUGUUGGUGUCCUGGUUACAUAUGGAGAGGACGGAGGGGAGGGCGGGGGGCGGCGGAGAGCCGAGAGUCACCCCCCCCCUUUUUUUUUUUUUUUUUUUUUACAGCAUUUUAUGGGGUGGAAUAACCGAAACCAGGUGUUUGUUUGACAAAAUACUGGGAACAGAAGUUAGCUACCAGCUCGGUUGAAAUAAACUCAGGCCGUGAUUUACCCACAAGCCAUUGUGUAAAGCUCGCCAUCCUCAUGUUACGUUCCAGUAAAUCUUGUCCUUAAAGGUCCACUGUGUAGUUUUUGAGGAAGGAAGAGAAAAGGCUCUUGAUUAGCUGACUUCUUUUUUUUUUUUUUUUUUACGCCUAAACAAACUCUCUUCGUUUUCCUGACUGAAUAAAUUGAA